ACCCACUCCGGGAGUGAGCGGAAACAUAAGAGGAGGAGGUGUUCUUUCUUUUGUGUGUGUGUGUGUCACAGGAUGUUUUCACUAAAAGAGGCAUUCGUGCGUGAGCCUCAGUCGGUGCAGCAUCGUGGGAGCUCCUCAAUCAGGGCCGGGGCAGCGACGCGGACGAUGAGAACACGUGCGUGGAGCCGCGCUUGUUGGCACCGGGAGUAACGGGCUCGGGUCCCCCUCUGCAGCGUCACAGUACAGUCGCGGCACAGCGCAGUCGCCCCGCGUGGUCCUGCUUGUGGUCGAUCCCUGGUUGCGGGGCGGGUGGGGUGGGAGAGAGGCCCUCGGGUGAUGCGGUUGGGGCGCCGCUCUGCUGGAGGCACGUUCACACGCUCGGCGCGACGAUGAGAGCCUGCUGGAUGCUCGUGGUCCUCCUGGGAUGCAGGUUUUCUGGCGCGACUCCGUCUAACUGCGUCGUCUUCCCCUCCGACGCGAGUCUGGCCGAAAGAGGUGAAUGUGAUCACCCGCGCUGAUAUCAAACGGAUUCCAUGCGGGGGCGGAGUUUGCUCUGAAAUGUCAAAGUUUCAGCGCCCGAAGUGCACUUCAGGAGAAUCGAGUGGAAAUAAAUGUUUGCAGGAGUUGUAGCUGCUCAGAGCAAUUUCCUCUGCAAAGAGCCGCUGAAUUUCCGCAGCGUUCCCGCCAACGGCAACCUGUCCGUGCCGUGCCCGAACACAACCACAACCGAUUUCACAGAGGGGACCUUUACACUCUACCGGGGCCUGGAUGUGAUUUACAACGUACAACAUAAAUGCGACUCGGGAAAAUGCGUAAAGACGCACAACUUGUCAGAUGUGACACUGGACAUUAACGAACGGGAUGAGAUUGUGGGUUUCAUCGUUUCUGGAGACAAAGUCAGAAACCUCACAUCUUACAAAUGCAUAGCUACGAAAACGUACCCUCCACCCCUUCAACAUUUAUUUGCUGGGGGCAUUGUAGCUCUUAAGGAAGGGCGCAGCUCCGCGUGCAAUACAGACAACAGUACACAACAACCUCAUCAGAGGACCAUAGAACGGGCUGAAAUAUUUCUGUGGAUGUGGAUUACAGCGGUUGUGCUUCUCAGCGCCUACAGCCUCAUCGUCACCAUCCUUGCACUGGUUAUCUGGUCCAAACUGAAGUCGGCAGACAACCAGAGUGACUACAUGAACACCAAACCCCGACCGUCUAGGGAGCGCAGGAAGAAAGGGAUCCAGAAUCCUAUACCACGAUACGUGUGACGGACUGCUCGCUCCUUAUGGGAUCAUUUGCACAGCUCUCCCCCUUCGAGGCCCGACAAAAAAAAACAAAACAAAAAAAAUGACGGGGCAUCGUCGUAGUAGCUUAUUCUGAACAGAACAUUAUUGUGAGCGAGGUCUGGGGUUUGUUUUGUCUGCGUAUUGUCAUGUCAGCAGUUGUUUUGUGUAGCAGUUCCUUCUUUACAAUAAAAAUACUCAAGCAUC